AAAAGCUGGCAGGCUGCAAGCUGAACGUGGCCGAGGUAACGCAAUCCGAAAUCGGGCAGAAACAGAAGCUGCAGACGGUUCUGGAAGCGGUGCAUGACCUGCUGCGGCCCCACGGCUGGGCGCUGCGGUGGAACGUGGACUCAAUUCACGGCAAGAACCUGGUGGCCAUCCUGCACCUGCUGGUCUCCCUGGCCAUGCACUUCCGCGCCCCGAUCCGCCUCCCCGAGCACGUCUCCGUGCAAGUGGUGGUCGUGCGGAAGCGGGAAGGCCUGCUGCAUUCCAGCCACAUCUCGGAGGAGCUGACCACAACCACGGAGAUGAUGAUGGGACGGUUCGAGCGGGACGCCUUCGACACGCUGUUCGACCACGCCCCGGAUAAGCUCAGUGUGGUGAAGAAGUCUCUCAUCACCUUCGUGAACAAGCACCUGAACAAGCUGAAUUUGGAGGUGACGGAACUGGAGACCCAGUUUGCAGACGGCGUGUACCUGGUCUUGCUCGUGGGCCUUCUUGAAGACUACUUUGUUCCUCUGCACAACUUCUACCUGACCCCAGACAGCUUCGAUCAGAAGGUCCACAACGUGUCCUUCGCCUUCGAGCUGAUGCUGGACGGAGGCCUCAAGAAGCCCAAGGCUCGCCCCGAAGAUGUGGUGAACUUGGACCUCAAAUCCACCCUGAGGGUUCUUUACAACCUGUUUACCAAGUACAAGAACGUCGAGUGACGGGGCGGCAGGCGGCAGCGGGGACAGUUCCCAGCAAGAAAAGCGGAGUCUGUCCUUGCCUGCACCCUCCAGGGAGGCGCCCAGGCUUCUGGUCCAAACUGAGCGAUCACCACCCCCACCCACCUUUUCGCGGUUAAUGUUCUUUUUUUUUUGCCCCUUGUGGUUGUUCCAAAACUCCUUUCCACGUGAUUUGCAGCGGCGAGGGCCUCGUCUUCGAGG